UUGAGCAUGUCAGCAUGUUAGUCAUCCUUUUGAAUUGUGUUACGCUGGGAAUGUUUCAACCAUGUGAAGAUGUGGAAUGUAAGUCUGAAAGAUGUACCAUACUCGAGGCAUUCGAUGACUUUAUUUUUGCAUUCUUUGCUGUGGAAAUGGUCACAAAGAUGGUGGCACUUGGAAUAUUUGGGCAGAAGUGUUACCUGGGAGAUACAUGGAAUCGUCUGGAUUUCUUUAUUGUAAUGGCAGGAAUGCUGGAAUAUUCACUGGAUGGACACAAUGCUAGUCUCUCAGCAAUCCGAACCGUCCGGGUUCUCAGGCCAUUAAGAGCCAUUAACAGAGUUCCUAGUAUGAGAAUACUAGUGACCUUACUGCUAGAUACUCUGCCUAUGUUAGGCAAUGUCCUUCUCCUUUGUUUUUUUGUCUUCUUUAUAUUUGGAAUUGUUGGCGUGCAGCUAUGGGCUGGGCUGCUAAGGAACAGGUGUUUUUUUGAAGACAGCUUUGCAAUGUAUUACAAUGUUUCUUUACCUCCAAAUUAUCAGAUCGAAGGCGACGAAACUCCAUUUAUUUGCUCACUGCCACGGGACAAUGGCAUGCAGAAAUGUCAGGACCUUCCUAACUUGAAAGAAAAUGGAGCUGAAUGUUUUCUUAGCUUGGAUUCUUACAGCCACCCAAGAUAUAGCCUGGAAAUGAACAAUACAAAUGGUUGCAUAAACUGGAAUCAAUACUACAACGUGUGCAAAACGGGAGAUGUAAAUCCACAUAAGGGUGCCAUUAAUUUUGAUAAUAUAGGAUAUGCCUGGAUUGCCAUUUUUCAGGUUAUUACCCUGGAAGGAUGGGUAGACAUCAUGUAUUAUGUUAUGGAUGCACAUUCUUUUUACAAUUUUAUAUAUUUUAUACUGCUUAUAAUAGUUGGUUCAUUCUUCAUGAUUAACUUGUGCCUGGUUGUCAUAGCAACUCAGUUUUCAGAAACAAAGCAACGUGAGAACCAGUUAAUGCAGGAGCAGCGAGCCCGCUUUCUUUCAAACGAUAGCACAAUUGCCAGUUUCUCUGAGCCUGGAAGCCUCUAUGAAGAGCUCCUUAAAUACAUUUGCCACCUUUUCAGGAAAGUGAAGCGGCGGACACUGCGCCUUUACAACAUUUGGCAGAAUAAACAAUGCAAAAAGGUCACCCCAAACAGUUCAAAUGGUCAAGAAAGGAAAUGGCGGAAUAAAGGUCGUGUAAGGUCAAUCCAUCAUUUAAUUCAUCAUCAUCAUCAUCAUCAUCAUCAUCAUUACCAUAUCAGCAAUGAUAAUUCAAAGGCACACCAGGGCAGUCCGCAACUUUGUGAUAUGGAGAUGAAAUCAUUGCAUUCUGGAAGUAAGCUAAUGCUUCCUUCAUCUGCAUUAAACCAUCAGAGUCCUUCUUCAGGUACUGAGUCGGUUCGCAGCAUUUACCAUGCUGACUGCCACUUUGAAGGCCCACAGAUGACAUACAAGUCUUCCACUACAACUAAUGUUAAACUAAUGACUGGCAUUACACACCAUGGAGGCAUGAACUAUCCAACAAUUGUUCCACCCGUGACUAGUAGAAGUAGCUGCACACCAAAACUAAAAGGCAACAGUAGCAGUAAUACACCCAUCACUGCGGGCAGAAGGAACCCGAAUAUGAACUUGGCAGAUUCCUUUGGCAAACUGCACCAUUUUGUGGGAGGACAUGGAAUCUUUCGAGCUGCAAGCAAGUUGUCAGGGCUCAAUGUGUCAUGUUCCACACCCAGUGCACAGGCUGGUGUUUUGACUUGUGAACUCCAGAACUGCCCUUAUUGUGCUCAUGCUUUGGAAAACCCAGACCUGGAGCUCAGUGAUUCAGAAAGUUGUGACUCUGCCGAUGGCGUGUACGAGUUUACGCAAGACAUCGCACAAGGUGACCAGAGUGAUCAGAGACACAAGAACAAAAAGAAAUCAAAGGAAAAGAAUAAAUUAUUCCUGCUAUGGACAUUAUUCUCUGAAAGAAUGAAAAGAAUUGUGGGAAGUAAAUACUUCAACCGUGGAAUUAUGAUUGCCAUUCUGAUCAAUACAUUGAGCAUGGGUAUUGAAUACCACGAACAGCCUGAAGAGCUUACCAACGCCCUGGAGAUCAGCAACAUCGUAUUUACCAGCAUGUUUGCUUUGGAAAUGAUUCUUAAACUUUUUGCGUUUGGUCUUUUUGGUUACAUUAAGAAUCCAUACAAUAUUUUUGAUGGAAUUGUUGUCAUUAUCAGUGUUUGGGAAAUCAUUGGUCAGUCUGAUGGUGGCCUUUCAGUGCUGAGAACAUUCCGUCUGCUCCGAGUUUUGAAGUUGGUCCGUUUCCUGCCUGCACUACGACGCCAGUUAGUGGUUCUGAUGAAAACCAUGGACAACGUGGCUACAUUCUGCAUGCUGCUCAUGCUGUUCAUAUUUAUUUUCAGUAUUCUGGGCAUGCACCUGUUUGGAUGUAAGUUCAGCUUGAAGAUGGAGAAUGGAGACACAAUACCAGACAGGAAAAAUUUUGAUUCGUUAUUGUGGGCAAUUGUCACUGUAUUUCAGAUCCUUACUCAGGAGGACUGGAAUGUGGUCCUGUAUAAUGGAAUGGCCUCCACCUCACCCUGGGCUGCCCUGUACUUUGUGGCGUUAAUGACUUUUGGCAACUAUGUGCUUUUCAACCUACUGGUUGCUAUUCUUGUUGAAGGCUUCCAAGCAGAGGGUGAUGCCAACAGAUCAGAUACAGAUGAAGAAAAAACAUCUGCUAAUUUUGAUGAGGAGUGUGAACAAUUUAAAGAUCAUUCUUCUGAUUUAAAAAUGUAUUCAGUCAUCAUGACAUCAAAUGGACAUUUGGAUUCACGAAGCAGCAUACCACCACCAAUUAUCAUGCGUACUGCUGCUACGCCAAUGCCUACACCAAAGAGUUCACCAUGUAUGGAUUCAGUUCAUACGUACUUAGAAUCCAGAAGAGGCAGCAGUGCUUCUAUUGAUCCUACAAAUUAUGACCAGAGGUCUUUGUCCAGCAUUCGCAGUUCACCUUGUGCCCCUUGGAGCACCAACAGUAAUUGGGGUAGUCGCCGCUCAAGCUGGCAUAGUCUUGGAAGGGCACCCAGUCUAAAAAGGAAGAAUCAGUCAGAUGAAAGGGAAUCCCUGCUGUCAGGUGUAGGACAUGAAAGUUGUGGUGAAGAUGAUGAAUCUGAAGAUGCAAAGUCUAGCAAAGCUGGCAGCCUCAGUGGAUGGUCCUUGCACCAUCGUGCUGAAUCUUUUGAUACCAAAGGAUCCAUAGACUUGCCUGAGCUACUUCAAGUACCAGUAAUGCGACAUUCUGUGAACUUUAAUCCUAUGUGCACAAUGCCUUGUGACUACCAAGAUUGCAAUGGAAAAUCCUUGCACUUUCCAAAUGAGAUCUUUCCUCGAAUGGAUAACCACAAAGAUGACCCAAACGAUUAUGAAGAUGAAAUUGAUGAUAGUUACUGUUUUAGAGUCUGGCAAUUUCUGGAGCCAUACAAACCAAAGUGGUGUAAAACGCAUGAGGAUUGGGCACUCUAUUUGUUUGCUCCUCAAAACCGGUUCCGCAUCAUGUGCCAGAAGAUCAUUGCUCACAAGCUGUUUGACCAUGUGGUCCUUGUAUUUAUAUUUCUGAAUUGCAUUACAAUUGCUCUUGAAAGACCCGAGAUUGACCCAAACAGUACAGAACGGAUGUUUCUCAGUGUCUCAAAUCAUAUCUUCACUGCUAUUUUUGUUGUUGAAAUGGCCCUUAAGGUCAUAGCACUAGGAUUCUUUUCUGGUGAGAAUGCCUAUCUCCAAAGCAGCUGGAAUAUAUUGGAUGGCAUCCUAGUCUUUGUUUCAGUAAUUGACAUUAUUGUUUCCCUGGCAUCAGCGGGAGGGGCAAAGAUCCUUGGUAUUCUCCGUGUAUUACGACUCUUGCGAACCCUACGACCACUGAGAGUCAUCAGUCGAGCUCCAGGUCUCAAACUGGUAGUAGAAACCUUAAUAACAUCCCUUAGACCCAUCGGGAAUAUCGUACUCAUCUGCUGUGCAUUCUUCAUAAUCUUCGGAAUCUUGGGGGUCCAGUUGUUUAAAGGCAAGUUCUACCAUUGUGAUGGACAUGAUACCAGGAAUAUUACAAAUAAGUCCGAAUGUGUCCAAGCUAACUAUAAAUGGGUGCGCCGUAAAUAUAAUUUUGAUAAUCUUGGACAGGCAUUGAUGUCACUCUUUGUUUUAUCCUCCAAAGAUGGUUGGGUGAAUAUAAUGUAUGAUGGUCUCGAUGCUAUAGGAAUUGAUAAGCAGCCACAAAGGAACCACAAUCCCUGGAUGCUCCUGUACUUCAUCUCCUUUCUCCUGAUUGUGAGCUUCUUUGUGUUAAACAUGUUCGUGGGAGUAGUGGUGGAGAACUUCCACAAGUGCCGGCAGCACCAGGAGGCUGAGGAGGCCCGCCGGCGGGAGGAGAAACGUUUGCGACGGUUGGAAAAAAAGCGCAGGAGUAAGGAACUGUACCUGGCUGAAGCCCAGCGCAGACCCUAUUAUGCUGACUACUCCCCAGCUCGACUUUACAUCCAUAAGUUGUGCACCAACCACUACCUGGAUCUAUUUAUCACGUUCAUUAUUGGUAUAAAUGUUAUCACAAUGUCCAUGGAGCACUACCACCAGCCACCUUCUCUUGAAGAAGCUCUAAAGUAUUGUAACUACGUGUUCACCAUCGUCUUUGUCUUCGAAUCUAUUCUUAAGCUCAUUGCAUUUGGCUUCAGGAGGUUCUUUAAAGACAGAUGGAAUCAAUUGGAUCUCGCUAUUGUUCUUCUCUCAAUAAUGGGAAUAACCUUGGAAGAAAUAGAAAUUAAUGCCUCCUUGCCAAUUAACCCCACUAUCAUUCGCAUCAUGAGAGUGCUACGAAUUGCAAGAGUGCUGAAACUGCUCAAGAUGGCCACUGGAAUGAGGGCUUUACUUGACACAGUUGUGCAAGCUUUGCCACAGGUCGGAAAUCUUGGUUUAUUGUUCAUGCUUUUGUUUUUUAUCUAUGCGGCUCUUGGAGUUGAACUCUUUGGAAAAUUGGUUUGCAAUGAUGAAAAUCCGUGCGAAGGCUUGAGUCGACAUGCAACAUUUGAGAAUUUUGGAAUGGCAUUUCUAACUUUAUUCCGAGUAUCUACUGGUGAUAACUGGAAUGGAAUAAUGAAGGAUACAUUGCGAGAAUGUGGCAGUGAGGAUAAGCACUGCCUCACCUACCUCCCUUUCUUCUCUCCUGUGUACUUUGUCACUUUUGUUCUAAUCGCUCAAUUUGUGCUCGUCAAUGUUGUGGUUGCUGUUCUAAUGAAACACUUGGAGGAGAGCAACAAGGAAGCCAAAGAGGAUGCAGAACUUGAUGCAGAAAUAGAGCUGGAAAUGUCACGAACCCAGGGAGCAUCGACUAGCACCAUUGGACAAACCCCUAUCCUUGACAGCAGAGCCACAGGAGCUGGUCAGGAGUCAGUAAGACCUGAAUCACCAGUACAUGUAAAACAAUUAUUGGAAGAUCCUCGAUACAGCAAAAUAAUAGGAGAGAAUCAAACAGAAAAUUUGCUUACUGUUCGGAAAGUUUCUGUGUCUCGAAUGCAUUCCUUACCUAACGACAGCUACAUGUUUCGCCCAGUUAGAUCAGCCCAAUCUCAUUAUCCGCUGCAUGAGGUGGAUCCCCAUCAGGGAUCUGUGACUUCAGUCCAGUCCCAGCCUGCUGAAGUUUCUGCGUGUCUUGGAGUUCCCACUGAGGUAAUUCAUCAUAGCUUUGCUUCGACCAGCCACAUCACUCUCCCUAAAAUCCCUCCUCCAAAGAGACAACCGAGAUCACCCAGUUUUAACAGGCUGCUACAUAGACAGGAGUCUGUCAGAAAUGACUCAGUGGAUGUUGUGAAUGUGGAAUCUAAGAACAGCUUGAAGCUAGAGUCUAAUGACAGUCUGCAACCAAAACUUUCACCUCUUCAUAUCUUGGUUCCACCAUUAAUGCACUCCACUCCAUUGUCUCCAAAGGUCACCCCUCCGCCUUCGCCACUAUUGACACAACGCAGCAAGCAAUCGAGUGUCCGCACACACAGGCAGGUCUACAGCCAGCACAGUAUCCCAAGCCGUUCGCCCAGUCACAGCAGUGACAGCAACAGCCCAGCAAGCUCCUUUCUCAACUCUGUGGAUCCAGCCGAUGAAGAAGUGAGGCACAUCAACAGCUCAAUGAGAAACUGGAAACGACAGUCUGAAGUGAGAAGCCUUUCAUUAUCACCUUUCCUCUCACUUAACCUGUCAGCUGUGGCUUUAAAGAACUCUAACAGUACAGCAAGUUUGACAGGAAUUGGAAGGGGAAAAGACUUGAAGAAGUUCUAUAGUGUUGAUGCGCAGGGAUUACUGGCAAAGCCUUCUUGGGCAGAUGAUCUAAGGAGACAUUCAAUUGAAAUAUGUCCAUCAAUUGAUGAUGAAGAUUCAAAUCUACAGUUAGAAGUUCCAUUUUCUACUGAAGAAAAGCGAGAGCCUUCUGUCCAUGUCCAGUCAGAUUCUGCGUAUAUCCUUGCAGCUCAAAGAAAGAAAAAAAUGAGUCCACCUUGUAUCUCAAUAGAGCCUCCCAUAGAGAGUGAAAGGGGGCCAACUUCUCAUGCUGCAGUGUCUGAAGCCAGGAUGCAUUUACGCAAGCGCACACUAUCCUCUGAAUCCAUGGCUCAUAAAGAUUCUUUAGAACUCGGAGAUUUGCAGCCUGGGAGUCAGACCUCAAUAACAGACCAACGAAUUCCCCAGCCCUCUCAAAGUAAGCAUCUUACCAUUCCAGACUUAUCAUUCGACCACUCAGAUGUGAGUUCAUUAAGCAGUUUAUCUGACCUGUUUUCUGACAGCAAUCACUCAACCCCUUCUUCUAGUAUCUCUGCAGAUUCAAGGGUAGAAUUACUGGCCUCCAAACGGAAGAAAUUAGACCAUUUAAAAGCACCCAGUGAAAACCCUGAUAGGCCUGAAAAUGAUAAAGAGGUGCUUAGCGUCACCAGUACGCCUGUUAGGAAGCGGGGGCUUGUCCGUAUGACAAGCACACGAGAAGACACAGAUGAUCUUGUGGUAUAGCUGAGGAAGAUUAAUUUUCUGGAGGAAGAAAGGAAAGACUUAUACCAAUCAAUCACUGUAAAAUGGAGAUUAUUACUCUGUCUAAUGAUACUUGUUAGUCCCAUGUCAUUGCUUCAAGGAUUUUGUAAGGAGAUGCAAAAAAAGGGGAUAUGCAAACAUUUUUUUCAAUGGAACUUGAGUAGCUUCCCAUAGCUCAAUCACAUUGAUUUGAGUCAGAUUUGUGUGUACAGGCACUUUAUUGUGCAAAGCCACAGUAUGCACAAGUGCAGAAAAGAUGAGAACUGUACAGUGAUGUAAUGUUUGCAAUGUAUAUAUAAAUAAUUAUGUAUUAGUGAUAAAUAAUUUAAUUAUGUCUUCAUAAUGCACAUAUUUUUAUAUAGAACUGUAAUGUUUUGCACUCUGAAAAUCAAAUUCCAAGUUGAGUGGUUUUUUUGGUGUUUAAGUGGAAUGUAUAUAAUUUAGACUCUUUUUUUCCUUUUCUGCUUGCUCAUGCUAGCCUCAUUAUAAAUGUUUACUUUUCUAUCGUAACAUUUACUGAGAACCAAAUUACUACUGGAUUGUAGUCAGUGCAAUAAUAGACUAAUUCAUUGUUCAUUUUUUAAAGAAAGAAUUAAGUCUACAACCAGGUUAAAUUGCAAUAAGUUAAAGAAAUCGUAGAGAAAAAAGGCACACUAAUUAUAGGGACAUGUCAAACAAAAAAAUUGAAAAUAUCUAAAGGCAAGUUAUUUAUUCAAUUCCAUUUUAUUUGCAGUUUGGUAAGUUAUUAAUGGUAUUUGUAAAGUUACAUACAUUUCCUGGUCAAUAGUGUUAAAUGUAACCUUUCAAAGCAAAUCUGUUUUUGUUUACUAUAUUGCAUCCAUCAUGCGAGGAAUAACUGUAACUUCAUUUUUAAAUGCUUGUUGAUGUGUUUAACUUUUAUUAGCUUUGGGCUAAUCUGUUUC